UUCUUCCGUCGCGGUGAAUGCUGGGAGCGGAGUGGGGCCGCUGGGAGUUGCAGUCCUUGCGGUAGGCCGCCUUUUCCCAGAGUGCCUUGCGCGGAGGCGGGGCGGCGCGAGGUGCCGGCGGGGCCCGGUCGAGCGUCGCGGAGGGAGGGACGAAGCGGCGAGGCGCCCCCCCGCCCACCGACCGAAGCCGAGCCACGGACUGGCGGCGGAAGACCGGGCGCGGUAGCAGGCCGACAGGCCGAGGAGGCGUUCCUGAGGAGGGAGUCGCCGCCGCCGCCCUCAUGCCGCCGUCCCGGCCGGGCCCCUGAAAGAGAGAGAGAGAGGCGCGCACCGCAUCGCACCGCGCAGGGAGGCAGAGAAAGGCGGAGGCCCUAGUCGGUGUCCGCUCGCCAGCCGGCCGGCCUAGGAACGGUUGAGGGCGCGAGGGAGGAUGCUCCGGUGCAUGCCCCCGCUGUGGCGCUGCAACCGGCAGGUGGAGACGCUGGACCGGCGGCACUGCUCGCUGCAGGCCGUGCCCGAUGACGUCUACCGCUACAGCCGCUCCCUCGAGGAGCUCCUGCUCGACGCCAACCAGCUCCGGGAGCUCCCGAAGCCUUUCUUCCGACUCCUGAAUCUGCGCAAGCUGGGCUUGAGCGACAACGAGAUUCAACGUCUUCCUCCGGAGGUGGCCAACUUCAUGCAGCUUGUGGAGCUGGACAUCUCCCGCAAUGACAUUCCGGAAAUCCCUGAAAGCAUCAAAUUCUGCAAAUCCCUAGAGAUCGCGGACUUCAGUGGGAACCCUUUGUCUAGGCUCCCGGAGGGCUUCACCCAGCUGCGCAGCCUGGGCCACCUGGCAUUGAACGAUGUCUCCCUUCAGAGCCUGCCCAGCGACAUUGGCAACUUGGCCAACCUGGUGACCUUAGAGCUUCGUGAGAACCUGCUCAAGUCUCUCCCAGCUUCACUCUCAUUCCUUGUCAAAUUAGAGCAGCUGGACCUUGGCGGCAAUGACCUGGAAGUGUUGCCAGAUACGCUGGGCGCACUGCCGAAUCUGCGGGAACUGUGGCUAGACAGGAACCAACUUUCAUCGCUGCCUGCAGAACUUGGCAAUUUGCGCCGCUUGGUGUGCCUGGAUGUCUCUGAGAACAAACUGGAGCAGCUGCCUGGCGAGAUCAGUGGGCUGGUGGCGCUGACGGAUCUUCUGCUGUCACAGAACUUGCUGGAGUCAAUUCCUGAUGGGAUUGGCCAGCUGAAGCAGCUCUCCAUCCUGAAGGUUGAUCAGAACCGGCUGGUGGAGGUGACUGAAGCAAUUGGGGACUGUGAAAACCUGUCGGAGCUCAUCCUCACCGAGAAUGUGUUGACGACUCUACCCAAGGCCUUGGGGAAGCUUACCAAGCUGACAAAUCUGAAUGUGGACCGGAAUAGACUGAUGGCUCUUCCCCCAGAGAUAGGAGGCUGCUGCAGCUUGAACGUGCUCUCCCUUCGAGACAACUGCCUAGAAUUCCUGCCCCCUGAGCUUGCCAGCACCACUGAGUUGCAUGUGCUGGAUGUGGCAGGCAACAGGUUACACCACCUGCCCUUUGCUCUCACCAAUCUCAACCUGAAGGCACUCUGGCUGGCCGAGAACCAGUCUCAACCAAUGUUGAAGUUCCAGACAGAGGAUGAUGAGAAGACGGGGGAGAAAGUGCUCACCUGCUACCUCCUGCCCCAGCAGCCGUCACCCAGCCUAGAGAAUCUGCAGAACAGCGUGGACGACAGCUGGAUGGACACCAACCUCAACCGGGUCAGUGUGAUCCAGUUUGUGGAUGACCCCAAGAUGGAUGAUGAAGAUGAGGAGGAACCUGGGGCUGAGAAGAGGGGCCUGCAGCGGAGGGCAACUCCCCACCCAAGUGAGCUGAAGUCUAUGAAGAAGGUGAUUGAAGUGCGGCGCAGUGAGGCGUGUGCUGCCAAAUUGGGUCCUCAGCGGGAUUCUUUCAAUUCAGAGGAGAAGAGGCUGAGCGCCACAUCCAGUCGCAGUGAGGACUCCCCCGUCUCCAGCAGCACCAUCUCGGCCAGCUGCCAGGAAGCGGCAGCGGCAGCAGCAGUGAGGCAGGCUGGAUGGGAAACAUCGAGGCCAGAAGAGGCAGCAGAUGCUGAUGGGCCUGAGGGGGAGGAAGUGGAGGAGAAGGGGCGGCGACAGCAGCAGCAGCCCCCGUGGCAGGAGGCAGCGGCAAAUGUGGAGGAAGGAACAGCUGGCCCAGAAGAUGAUGCGCUGGAGGUGGAAUACAAUGAGCCCACGGUGCACUUUGCUGAAGAUACGCUAGUCCGCAGUGAGGAGGAGGAAGAGGAGGAGGAGCGUCCAUUCCCAGCGGGGAAGCAGCGGCUGAUCCGCAAGGACACCCCCCACUACAAGAAGCACUUCAGGAUUGCUCAGUUGCCCCGGCCGGAGGCGGUGGUCGCCCUUUUGCAGGGGCUGAGUGCUGAGGGGGCCCCCCAGGAGGAGGUGGCGAUGGCGGCAGCGGAGGAGGAGGAGCCAGACCAGGAAAGGUGGGACGAAGAAGAGGCCAAGAACGGGGCUCCGGCUGUGCCACCCUCUGUCAAGGGGGUGUCGUUUGAUCAAGCCAAUAAUCUGCUGAUUGAGCCUGCUCGCAUUGAGGAGGAAGAGCUGACUCUGAGCAUUGUGCGGCAGACGGGGGGUCUGGGCAUCAGCAUCGCAGGGGGCAAAGGCUCUACCCCCUACAAGGGAGACGAUGAGGGCAUCUUCAUUUCCCGCGUGUCUGAUGAGGGCCCGGCUGCACAUGCAGGGGUGCGGGUCGGGGACAAGCUCCUGGAGGUGAAUGGAGUGUCACUGCGCUCUGCUGAGCACCAUGUGGCUGUUGAGGCGCUCCGCGGUUCAGGCAGCACCGUCACGAUGACGGUGCUCCGGGAGCGGAUGGUGGAGCCCGAGAAUGCCAUCACGGUGACGCCGCUGCGGCCGGAGGAUGACUACAGUCCCAGGGAGCGGCGGAGCGCCCUGUGCUUGCCUGAGAGGCCUGAGGGAGCCCCCCUGGCCGAGAGGCUCUCCAUGUGCCUGAUGCGGAACGAGAGGGGGCUGGGCUUCAGCAUUGCGGGCGGCAAGGGCUCCACGCCGUACCGGCCUGGGGACACGGGGAUCUUCAUCUCACGGAUUGCAGAAGGUGGUGCAGCACACCGGGACGGGACCCUCCAUGUGGGCGACAGGGUCAUCUUGAUCAAUGGGGUAGACAUGACGGAAGCCAGGCAUGAUCAGGCCGUAGCGCUGCUUACCGCCGCCUCCCCCACCAUCGCACUGCUGGUAGAGAGAGAGGCUGCUGCCGCCACCCAGCCCAGCGAGGAAGACCACCUGCCCUUAGGGCAACGGGCACAGCGGGCACACUCCCCACCACCACCUUCCGCCCACGGGGAGAGCCUGCCGGAGGAGGAGAUGCCCCUGCCCCGCAGGAGCCCCCUAUCCCGGACCCUGGAGAGUCAGUACCCAGUUGAGGAGGUGUGCAUGGUCAAAGCGGGGGGCCCACUGGGGCUCAGCAUCGUGGGGGGCAGUGACCACUCCAGCCACCCCUUUGGGAUCCACGAGCCUGGGGUCUUCAUUUCCAAGGUCAUUCUUCACGGACUGGCUUCUCGCAGUGGGCUGCGUGUGGGUGACAGGAUCCUGGAGGUGAAUGGCAUUGAUCUCCGCCACGCCACCCACCAGGAGGCAGUGAGUGCCCUACUGUCCAACACCCAAGAGCUGAGGAUGGUUGUCCGGCGAGACCCUCCCCCGCCCGGUAUGGAGGAGAUCUGCAUUGAAAAGCGGCUGGGGGAAAAACUGGGCAUCAGCAUCCGAGGUGGCGCCAAGGGCCACGCAGGGAACCCCUUUGACCCCACAGAUGAGGGCAUCUUCAUCUCUAAGGUCAGCUCCACGGGGGCCGCAGCCCGCGAUGGGCGGCUGAAAGUGGGGAUGCGCAUCCUGGAGGUCAACCACCAGAGCCUGCUGGGCAUGACUCACACAGAAGCGGUCCAGAUCCUGCGUGCCGUGGGUGAUGCGCUCCUGGUGCUCGUCUGCGAUGGCUUUGACCCCAAGGCUGUAGCUGCCAUUGAGAUGUCUCCAGGGAUCAUCGCCAACCCCUUUGCAGCUGGCAUUGGGCGCAAGAACAGCUUGGAGAGCAUUUCGUCCAUCGACCGGGACCUCAGUCCGGAGGAGCUGGAUGUGCUUCAGAAGGAGUUGGAGAUGGUGAGGGAGACGGCCCUGUGGGAAGAGAAGGAGAAAAUGGAGCGGAUGCGCCGGGAGCAGGAGACAGCCAUGCAGCUCCUGGCGGAGGAGGAGGAGGCGGAGGGCCUUGGCACGGAGCCCCUGCAGCUCGAUUACCGCACCUUGGCAGCGCUCCCCAACCAUGGCCUCCAGAAAGCCCCCCGUGGCCUUCUCCCGGCAGAAAUGGAAGGGGACUUGCCGGUGCCUCUCCUGCCAGUUGCCCCCAACGGCCACUGCCCUCUUCCAGACGUGUGCCAAGCAAGUGGCCCCACUGCCUCUGCAAAGGGGGCUGCCCUCCUCCCUGAGCCUGCGGAGGAGCAGCCUUUGGUGGACUCCCAGCCCAUCCCCUUCAGCGCCAACCCCUUUGUGGUGGCUAAUCGGCAGGGCAAGGCGUGCCUGGGGGGGCCUCCCCUGGGCUAUGGCAAGGGGGGAGUGCUGAAGACCAGUCUCUACACCAAGGCCCUUGCAGGGGAAACUGAGUCGGGAGGAGCCUGGCGAGACGCUCCCUGUUCUCCCAGCAGCCAGCAGCCACCUGCUGCCCCCCGGCCUGCCCACCUGGUGGGCAGAGAGACCCGCUUUGCUUCUGUCCACUUGGUUCCCACCCACAACGAGAGCAAAUCGACCAAGCCAGGGAUGAUCCAGCCAGUCUCCCGCGUGUGCCCACCCCCAGCCCUUUCAGCCUCCGAAGGCCGGGACGGUCCCAAUCCAUUCCAGCAGCCUGAGCUGUGCUCCAGCACCCACAACUCUCCCCAGCCUCCCAGGCCUCCUUCUCCAGAGGAGCUCCCCAUCAGCGCCAAGCAGGCCUAUAAGGCCUUUGCAGCUGUCCCAGUUCCGCACCUGCCGCUGGAGUUCAAGGAGCCGCAGAGCCAGAAAAGUCCAGAGAAGCCUCACGUCCUCUCUGAAGCUCCGUUGUCAGGAGGUCUGCACAGUCCAGAACAAAGAUCCUUCCGCGAGAGGCAGAAGUACUUUGAAGUGGAGUUGAAGCAGCAGCCGGCAGAGAAGCCCCCAAAGCGUGUCUCUCUGGUUGGGGAAGAAGACUUGAAGAAAAUGAAGGAGGAGGAAGCUCGCAAACUGCAGCAGAAGCGAGCUCAGCUGCUGGAGGAGGAAGAUGAGGAGGAAGACGAGGCGGACGUGAGGAAGCACCACCAAGAUACAAAUGUGCCUUCCAGUAUCUUCAUUGAGGGAGUUGAGUACAAAGUUGAGAAGCUGGAUGGAAGUAGCCUGCUGUCUCCAACGGCUUGGUUUGCAGAGCCCGAGAGGCACAACGGCUCACAGAGGAAUUCACUGGAGGAGGGCUUGCGGCUGGAGCAGCGGCCCACAUCCACGGCUGGGGUGAGUCCAGCUCACCCCAGAGGCAGUGAGCCUGGUGCACCGGUGAGGACAGCCAAAGCAGAGAGGCGGCAUCAAGAGCGUCUUCGCAUGCAGAGUCCAGAGCUCCUCAGUGCCCACGAGAACGAGCUUUCCCCAGCAGAGCGCCGGGCCCUGGAGGCAGAGAAGCGGGCCAUGUGGCGAGCGGCACGCUCUUCCGCCCUGGAAGAGAGCCUUAAACAGUACGAGCAGGACCUGGCCAGGCGGCUGUACCAGGCCCGGCAGCAGGCACUGGGGCAGCAGGGCCCUGCUGCUGCUGCCACCGCCACCUCCUCAAGAGCCCCUGGGCCAGGAGGCCAACCCAGGAUGAAGUCUCUAGAGCAGGAUGCCCUCAAGGCCCAGAUGGUGAUUGCAAAGUCCAAGGAGGGCAAGAAGCGUGGCAUGCUGGAGCGGCUGGCAGAGUCGCCCUCGCCAGCUCCCACUCCUUCGCCAACACCCUUGGAGGACUGCAGCUCCCGGAUCCUCACUUCACCAGGCAGGCUGUCUGUGCCUGACAAGAAGUUCCUCUACAGGGCAUUUGCUGCCAUUCCUUCUUCCAAACCUGUUUAUGAAAUCCAGACUCCAGAUGGCGGUGACACCUGCAGACUCCUCAACGACUCCAGCAGCUCAGUGAGCCAGGAGCAAGGUGGACAGGUGGAAGACCAGGAGCCCUCAGGGACACAGGAGCCCUCCACUCCCGGGGAAGAGGUGGGACUCUUCCACAGCCAGCGCAAACUCCGGCCCACCCAGCACAGCCUGGAAGCUGCUGUCCCCACAUAGCAGACCUGCCCCUCAGGGGCUGCUGGAAACACCUCCGAGCCGACCCUUGGCUUGGUACAGCCUGGUCUGUGGCCGCCUGGCUCCUGGCUAGAGCAAGCUCUCUGGAGCCCACGUAGGCUUUGUUAAGGCUGUGAGCCUCCUGCCUGUCCUCACCAUGCAGAGGGGCAGGUUCUGAGCAAACGGGGGCAGUGCAUAUCAGCAGCGAUGGGCUGUGCAGUGUGUGUGUGUGUAAAUAUUGUAAGGGGGUGUGGGGGGGUGCGUGUGCACGCUGCCGCUACUUCAGACUGACCCUCGCUUGUGGGGAGGGUGGCAGCCCCAGUUGACAUUUGCCAAGCAGCGGGGGGACCACUUCUGCAUCAGUGACAGGCCACCUGCCCCUUUCAGGGCAAAGGUUGGGAGAGGGGCAUUGCCCUCGGGCAGGAUGGGCAGAGAAACAGGUGGACUUUUGCCAAGGGCGACCAUUUUCCUCUUCCUCCUCCUGUAGAGCCUGGGUGUCUCAUCAGUGCCCUGAUGCCCAGGGCAGGAGGGAGGAAUGGGCAGAAAUGGGCACCUCCGCCUAUUUAACAAGGGCAGGAGGGCCCUUGUGGGGGCUGCCCGGUGCUAGCAAAGGUAGAACAGUGUGGGAGCAGGCUAGUUGCGUUAGAACGGGGUGAUGCAGGUAGAAGAUACAGAUAAAAUAGGGGGAAUUGGGGUUGGGGGCAGGGAGAGGGGUAGUGCAACAUAGGACAAGGACAUUGGGAUGGAGAUUGGCGGCCGAGGGCCAAACAGGCAUGAGCUGUGAGUCGAGACGCUCCAGCAAGUGCGGAGGUUGAGGCUUGCUGCCCCCUGGCUGCAGCCUCUCUUCUUGAUGCACGGCCCUUGUUUGCAAAAGGUUGGGUCUGUCUGGAACCCCAACAGGUGGCUGCUUGUGCCACUUUCUUUGCCUCUCCUCGUUGGCCUGUGGUGGGAAGUGGAGCCUCUGCCGAAGGACAGGAUGUGGGAUCUCAUCAUGCCAAAAUCAGAGGGUUGUUUUGACAGAACUUACCUGUUUGGUCUUCGGCACAUGGAGAAGGAAGCUCCUUUCUGUCUGCAUCUCUCAAGCCGCACAGUGGCUGCUUCUACAUUGGCAGUUAGAGCUUUUUGAUUUUAAUCUAAUUUUAGCAUUUGCUUUUAAUGAGCAAUUUGGGGAGUGAUCAGGCCGGGUUUCACUGACUAACAAAUUCUCUAGGUGCUGGGCUCUGGCAUAUCUGUCUUGUCUGUCUGUCUCCUCUCCCAGGACACUCCAAGGGAGAUCAAGACUGUAACUAGUGACAUUUGUACAACCAAAGAAAUCUAUUUUGUGGUUCAAGGACAAUAAAGUUUACUUUACGUUUUAGAAA